AAAUAGCUAAGUCCAUUUUGCAGUUCCUCAAAAAGAAAAAGUCCCAUCAUAGUUCCACAUCCGGCGAGGGCAAGCUACAGGCGCAGUCCAGUUGCGAGGAGGAGGGCGGAGCGGCAGCGGGAGGAGCGGGAGCGGCAGCGGGACCUCCAGCGGACCAGGCUAGCAGCAGCAGCAGCGGCCCCUCGUCAGCAGCCGCCGCCCACAAGAGUACGCCCCCCGCCGCCACGACCACGCCCGGUUCAGGGGCGGAUUCAGGAGGUGCCAGCGGAGGAGCAGGAGGAGGGGGAGGAGGACCUAGCAGCUCCGGCGACGAUCAGGCCCAAGUGUCGGCCAGCGCAACGUUCCGUUUGUCAUCGCUAACAGGCACCAUCUCCAAGAUGGGCAACAACGCCACCACGUCGAACAAGAAGGUCGAUGCCGCCGAGACGGUGAAGGAGUUCCUCGAGCAGGCCAAGGAGGAGUUCGAGGACAAGUGGCGACGCAAUCCGACCAACACCGCCGCCCUCGAUGACUUCGAACGCAUCAAGACCCUGGGCACUGGCUCCUUUGGCCGUGUCAUGAUUGUCCAGCACAAGCCCACGAAAGACUAUUAUGCCAUGAAGAUCCUCGAUAAGCAGAAGGUGGUCAAGCUGAAGCAGGUGGAGCACACGCUGAACGAGAAGCGAAUCCUGCAGGCCAUCCAGUUUCCCUUCCUCGUCUCGCUGCGCUACCAUUUCAAGGACAACUCCAACCUCUACAUGGUGCUGGAGUAUGUGCCCGGUGGCGAGAUGUUCUCCCACCUGCGCAAGGUGGGCCGCUUCUCGGAGCCGCAUUCGCGCUUCUAUGCGGCGCAAAUCGUGCUGGCCUUCGAGUACCUGCACUACUUGGACCUCAUCUACCGCGAUCUGAAGCCGGAGAAUCUGCUGAUUGACUCGCAGGGCUACCUCAAGGUGACGGACUUCGGUUUUGCCAAGCGGGUCAAGGGCCGCACCUGGACGCUGUGCGGCACGCCCGAAUACCUGGCCCCGGAAAUCAUUCUGUCCAAGGGCUAUAACAAGGCCGUCGACUGGUGGGCGUUGGGCGUGCUCGUCUACGAAAUGGCCGCCGGCUAUCCGCCGUUCUUUGCGGAUCAGCCGAUCCAGAUCUACGAGAAGAUCGUAUCCGGCAAGGUGCGCUUCCCAUCUCACUUUGGCUCCGAUCUGAAGGACCUGCUGCGCAACCUGCUGCAGGUGGAUCUGACCAAGCGCUACGGCAAUCUGAAGGCGGGCGUCAAUGAUAUUAAGAACCAGAAGUGGUUCGCCUCCACCGACUGGAUUGCGAUCUUCCAAAAGAAAAUCGAGGCGCCGUUCAUUCCGCGGUGUAAGGGUCCCGGCGACACGAGCAAUUUCGAUGAUUACGAGGAGGAGGCGCUGCGGAUCUCCAGCACCGAGAAGUGUGCCAAGGAGUUUGCUGAAUUCUAGAGGAGCUCUUCGCCAGUCAGCCCAAUCCCCUCGUUCUGCAGGCGCCUGCAACUGCAAUUGUAUCCGCUAAUGCGAUUGUAUCAGCAACUGCUCCUGCUGUUGCCACCGCCGUGGCAUCGCGGACCACGUCCUCAUCGUCGUUGUCGUCGUCUUGUCUAUAUGUCUACUACUUACAACUACAACAACUGUAACAGCCCCCACAACACUAAAACUACAGCCACAUCUUCGUCUGCCUAUCUAUCCGCAUCUACUCCACAUCCACACUUUUGUCAACAUUGGAUUUCUCACCACACACCACAAUUUACAUCAACCAUUUCCCUUCGUGUUCAAGUGGAACAGUUCGAAGACACAGCCGGAACAAUCUAUUCAUCGAGUGUGUGAAGAAGAGUGGAAGGACUUGGAAGACGAUUUGAAAUCCGGAUACCGAAACAAGAUAUAGAAACCGAUAAAAUAAUGACUUACACAUUAAUAUUCAUUCAUAACAUAUAGCGUAUUUAACCACGAGACUACAGAUAUUUAGUUGUAAACGUAGCUUAGUCUUAACUAAAGAAUACAAGAGGAACCCAUUAAGAACCAACAACAGAAGCAAGUGCAAAAGCGAAAGUGAAUGGAAGACACUAAAAAAAAACAUUAGAGGAAAAUCAUAAGAGGAAAUCCAGGAGAAUCGUCAUCUAAACCAGGGCUAAAGAAUUUUCAUUUCAUUUCAAUUCGAUCGAUCGAAUGAUCCAGGUCGGUUACUCAGUCAGCUGCAGCAACAUCAAGUUGAAAGAGUAUAAAACGCUUUAAUAAUUUUUAAAUGAAAUACAAAAGGUUAAAUGUAACACAAAAAUUAUGGCGCACACAGUGUGCUUGACAAAAAAAAACCAAGCGGCAUCAGCAAGCAAACAAAAGAAGGCAGGCAGGCAGGCAAAUAUUGCGAUUCAUUAAAGUUGUAAUGAGAUUGAGUACGGAAGAAGAGCAGAAUCGUGUUUGAGGCCCUCAGAAUAACCAGAAGCAAAAGCAAAUGAGGACACUGGUCAUUCAGUUGGGUGACCGGUGAGUGAAAUCAGUCCACUGGAAGCUCUUUUGCCCCCCGCCUUCCCGCUAAGCGAGCUUCAAUACAAGUAGCCCCGAAAAUUUGGCGUCUUUACCGUCUAAACCGUAGACAUGUCUCUAGAUAUUUAUAUAUAUUCGCGUAUAUAAAUGUUGUACAAUCAGCGACGACGUGCAACAAUAAACCAAACGCCCGCCCGCCCCGGAUCAAAAAACAGUAACAGAACACAGAACCAGAACUUAAAGCUGAAUCAGAGCAUUAUGCCCAUAACCAAGUAUGCGCACUCACUCAUAAAUAGUUGUCCAUCCACUCACUACUCGCAAGGUACCCACACCAACUACUCAAAACUCAAAAGUAUAAAACACACUAAAGCAAGUAAACGUAAACGUAAAAGUAACAAGAAACAUUUGAAACGCAGCAAGAAAUAUAUAAAGUAAAGAAAAAGAAAUCUAAAUGUUUACAUUUAAGCAACAUAAGAAAAGAAAACAAAAAAAAAUCAACUGAAAUUUGUGUGUAAAAAACGUAUAAAACUUAGCAUUAAUGAAACUAAAGAGAAGCGGAUGCCGAAGAUGUCGACGGAAUCAUGUCUAUAUAUACACAAAGAUUGAAGCAUUAUACUUACCAGGAGCAGAACAAAGCGAAUAUCAUGUGCUAAGUAUAAUUAAUUGGAGCAAAGAGGAAAAUGAAGAGUAAAAGGCAACUAUAGCAGUUAUAUUCAAGUAAAUAUCGAUCGGAGUUAUUUAUUGUUUCGUUAUGUGCGGAGAGGAGUGGAAAUCAUUUUAACUGGCCGUUAGGAUCCAUCGAAUCGUUUUCGAACAACCUUUUCAAUUUUGAUGGCACUUCUCCGUAUUAUUCCUUCCCUGUUAUUAUUUAUUUCUAAAAGUGAAGACUUUUAAAUUAUGUUGUUGUGAGAAGAGAGAUAUAAAGAGCGAGAGCAACUCGGGAUCGUAACAGAUAACAAAUAAUAUUUAAUUUAUAGAUACUUUUUAUGUUUUCUAUGAUUAUUUGUUCAACUAGUUGCGAGACAAAAGUCAUAAAUAGGCAUUAAUUAAGCAUCUAAAUUUAAUGGUAAAUAAACGUAAACAAAGCAAAAACCGAAAUCAAUCGACUAAGAAGACGAUGUUUGUAGCCACGAAAUGUUCACAUCACAACCAGAAUGUCUCCCCUUUUUAUGAAACAUACACAUGUUUAUGUGUUUCCGACUCGUGUUUGUGUGCAAACCUGUCGCCGAUCCUUUGAUUUGUGUCCUUUGUCAGUCACCCACAACCACACCACAACCACACUCACACCCAAAACCACACCCACAACCACACACAGACAACACACUCACACAUAAGCAUAUUCUGAAAAUAAUCUACGGUAGUCUGAGCAUACAAAUUUAAUGUGGAUAUAUAAAACAAAAUACAAGUAUAUAUAUUCGAAACAUAUGUGCAGUAAGAGGGCAAGAAGGCGAUCUUUAAUUUUGUGCAAUUUCUUUCCUGUGUUAGUUAACUUUUUACGAUAGCUGUUAGCGCAGCUCUUUGAAUAUGCAGAUACAGUAUCUGAGGAGCCCUACCUGAGCUUUACUAUCUGACUAACGAUUUGAAUGCUUUACGUUUUUGUAUUAAAGAUACAUUAUGCACUAACUUGUACUACUUUUAUCAUCUGUCUAUUCUUUUGUACUCUAAAUCCCUUCCCCUGAGUCAAAAAGUUUGUUCGGUUAGUUUAGCCAGUAAAGAGGAAACCCUUUCGUUGUUGUUUCAUGUGAGUGCGUGCGAGGUACAUAUUAACUAAAUAAACAUACAUAUAUAUAUACAUAUAUGAAUAUUAUGUGUGUGACAAGAACCAGAACGCAAGAAAAUGAGAAAGCAAAAUUCACGUUAUUUAAUUUAGUUUGUACAUUUAAGUUUAUAUAGCAAGUGCAUAUAUAUAUACAAAAAUAUAUAUAUAUAUAUUUAAAAACCAACAAAUAAGAUGAAAAGUCUUGAAAAAAAAAUAAAACAUACAAAAACAACCAAACAAACACAACAAACAAGCAUACAAUAAAAAACAAAUUUGCGAAAAAUUAAAAGAAUUAUAAGUAAAAUGAUGGUUUAAAGAGGAGAGGAAGAGAAACAACAAAACACAAAGGAAAAGAAACAAACAAAAAAACCAAUAAAAUGAAUUUGAAAUCCUUAAAAAAUA